UGACACGAGACAAAUAUACUUCUUAUUAUUAGGGUGGUGGUGGUAAUGGUAAUGGUCUAACAAAGCGGGAAAGUAACAUACGAUACGUAUUUUGUCUUCUCACCUAAUUAUAUGUCCACACUUUCCUCUUUUCUGAAUUCUAAUUCAGUUAUAUCAUAUUCACUCACACACCAAAUCAUCAUUUUUUUCUAAUUGAUAUAUCAUUUCCCCUUUUAUUUUCUCCCUGAUCACAUCUCGUCAUCUGUGUCUGUUGGUGUGGAGUGUGUGAUGGGUUCUGAAGCAGAGGCAGAGCAAGAUAGCAACAUACCAAAGCUCCCUUUGUUCUCUGUCCCAGCAAUGCAAAUUCAAAUGGAAAUGCAGUCGCCAGAGAGACCGGGGACCUCAGCAUCGGUACCAUUUCGCUGGGAACAAGAACCCGGAAAGCCGAGACUUUGCAACGCACUUGUCACAUUCACCAAUCCCACCAACAAGUGUUUGGAGCUUCCUCCAAGGUUGCUAUCCACUACUACUGUCUUGCAUAGUCCUCAUGUAACCAGCAGCAGAUUCAGGUCUCCAUCUUUUAGAAUAGAAGACAACAGCAUAUACAAUUGCUAUGGGUCUUCUAGCACUGAUACAGGGUUGUUUGGUACUAUGGUUCUUGUCAAAGGAGACAAUGGGUGGUUUGGUUCUUGGAGGAAAAAGGUUAAAAGAGAUAUCAAUGGGAGUAGUCAUGUCUUUCCAUCUUCUUCUACUGGAACCAUUGCGGAAACUAGUUUCACUCACAACAACAAUAACAUGGUGAUGAAACGUUCUGGGAGCUCUUCUAGCCUAUCUCAUGGCAAGACUACUGUCUGGACAACCAUCUGCGAGGGGAUGAAGCAGGUGGUUCCACUUCCAUGGAGAAGCAAAAAGCUGAAGAAGAAAGAUGGGAGUAGUCUUAGGUUUUGAGAUUUUGCGGUCUCCGAAACUAUCCACUGUAUCAUCUGAACUGUACUAUAUUAUAACAGUAUAUUUAUGAGAUCAGUAUCCCAUGUUCAUCAUAGUGGCAGCAACCAGCAUAUUCAGCUGCUACUACACUACUGUAAAACUGUGGGGUUACUUCAUUCAACAGUCUCUGUUUUCUCAUGAGAUGAUAAGUUGUAAAGGAUUUUUAACCUACUAGAAAUUAGUAAUAGGUAUCUCAUCUCAUGUUGCAAUUACUCCGUUGGAUAAUUGAAAUCAAGUGCCUUUUCUCAUUUCCUUCUC